ACACACACGCACGCACGCACGCACACACGCACGCACACACACACACACACACACACACACACACACACACACACACACACACACACACACACACACACAAAGCCACACCUUCAGACGCAGCCCACACUGCACUCUGAGCCCUCAGGAUGCCUUGCUCUAAGGUGCUCUCCUUCCUGAAGAGUCUGACUCGGGUGAAGCCGUUGGAGCCGGAUGGCGAGAGCUCUGAAUUCCGCCGCUGCUUGACCACGCUGGACCUGGUGGCACUGGGAGUGGGCAGCACGCUGGGUGCAGGCGUCUAUGUGCUCUCGGGUGAGGUGGCACGCACCGUGUCUGGCCCCAGCAUCAUCGUCUCCUUCUUCAUCGCCGCUGUGGCGUCCGUGUUCGCCGGGCUGUGUUACGCCGAGUUCGGUGCCCGUGUGCCCAAAACAGGUUCUGCGUAUCUGUACAGCUACGUGACUGUGGGUGAAGUCUGGGCCUUCAUUACAGGAUGGAACCUGCUGCUGUCUUACGUCAUAGGGACGUCCAGCGUCGCCCGAGCUUGGAGCGGAACGUUCGAUGACCUCAUCGGGAACGUCAUCGAUACUUACUUGAGGAAGAACGUAGCCAUGGACUUACCAGGACUCGCUCCUUACCCAGACUUCUUUGCAGCCGCACUCAUUAUGCUUCUGGCAGGUAUCCUCGCUUUUGGAGUGAAGGAGUCAGCGAUCGUCAACAAGAUCUUCACUGCCGUAAACGUGCUGGUGCUGCUGUUCGUCAUCAUUUCUGGCUUCAUUAAAGGUGACCUUAAAAACUGGAAGCUGACCGAGGAGGAUAUCUUCAAUUUCACCACAUCUACAAACCCAAACAGCACCACUGACAUGCCCAAUUUGGGCAUUGGAGGAUUUUUCCCUUUCGGGUUUGAGGGCACGUUGGCCGGAGCUGCGACCUGCUUCUAUGCUUUUGUAGGAUUCGACUGUAUCGCCACGACAGGUGAGGAGGUUCGUGACCCUCAGAAGUCCAUCCCCGUGGGUAUCGUGGCGUCGCUCCUGAUCUGUUUUCUGGCUUAUUUUGGUGUUUCUGCCGCUCUCACGCUCAUGAUGCCGUACUACCAGCUGAGUAUCCAGAGCCCGCUCCCUGUGGCCUUCACACACGUGGGCUGGGACCCGGCGAAGUACGUGGUGGCCGUCGGGUCUCUGUGUGCACUCUCUACUAGUUUGUUGGGUUCGAUGUUCCCGAUGCCGCGUGUCCUGUUCGCCAUGGCGCGAGACGGACUCCUCUUCAAACCCCUGAGUAGAAUGAGCUCCAGACAGAGUCCCGUCAUCGCCACGCUCUCAUCAGGACUCGUGGCAGCCAUCAUGGCGCUUGUGUUCGACCUGAAAGCUCUGGUGGACAUGAUGUCCAUUGGCACUCUGUUUGCCUACACGCUGGUGGCCAUCUGCAUCCUCAUCCUCAGAUACAAAGCAGAUUCGGACAAGCCGAGUGAGAAGAAAUGGAGUUUAAUACGACCGCCAUCUUCACCUACAGCCACCAGCUCUAAAGUCAUCUCCAUACUGACCAUCAUCAUCCUCGUGGUGGUAGUAGCUCUCAGUGUGAUUCUGACGAAGGGGGUUGAGUCUGGCCUGGUGGAUACAUGGUGGAUGAUUUUGAUCAUCUGCGUACUCGCGUUGUUUUUACUCACUGCUGUAGUCAUCAUCUGGAGACAACCACAGAGCAACAGCAAGGCUGCCUUCAUGGUUCCUCUGGUGCCGGCGCUUCCCAUCCUCAGUGUUUUUGUCAACAUUUAUCUGAUGGUUCAGCUGGGAGGAGAGACGUGGAUCCGGUACGCAGUGUGGAUGGCGAUAGGGCUGCUGAUCUAUUUUGGCUACGGUGUUUGGCACAGCGUCCAGAAGAUACGAGACGAAUCUCCUCAUCACAUUGAGCCCAAUACCAUCUGCGCCCAGGUGGAAGAAACCAAGAAAGACAAUGUUUCUCUGCGACAAAGCAAACUCUAAAGUUUUCCCAGAUCUCCACCCGAGCCUUAUUAAUACUGACCCAAAAUAAACAUAUACUCUAUAACAUUAUACGAUAAAUAAAAAACAGAAAAGAAACGUUCUUGAACGAGUCAUCCAAAAAAGUCCUUAUGAAUAUUAUACACAUAACACUUUUAUAGACUAUGUUUUUACGAUGCCAUGUUCUGUAAAGUAAUUUAAUAUUUCAGAUGAUGAAAUGCUGACUAAAGUACUGAAUGUGGACAUAUUUGAUUGUUAGCUCCCGUUUAUGAUAAUAUGUAAAUAGGUUUAUUUACUUUUUAGUUCUUUUCAGGAAAACAAUGUUAAACAUUUACAUGAGAUAUAUAAUCAUUCAAGGUCAUGUAUUUUAAUAUUCUUUUAUUGUAACUCUAAUAAAAUUGAUAUUUUUCUUCA